AUGUCUACUGAAUACGACAUAGAACAGGGACAUAUUUAUGAAAAUGAUUAUGUACCUGCAUUAUCUUAUCAAACGGAAAACGAUGAAGAAAUAGAAGAAGAACCGAAAAAUGCCGAUUUUAGUCGCAAAAUUAAGCAUGAACAACGACAGAAAGCAAUUAAUUUAUUAAUCACACAUGGUUUACUGAUAAAAGGUGAUUAUUUCAUACAGCGUAAAAAGACAGCACGUGCAAAAAUGAAAGAAAAUAAACAGGAAGGAUUCGUCAAGGCAUUUCCCAAGACAGCAGCAGAAACGGAUAAACGGGAAUUUUGUAAAUCGUUAACAUAUUGCACGGGAUUGGAUUGGCUACAGUCUGUUGCAGCAUUCACAAGAUAUGCAAAUGAUAAUGCUCAACUUGGAAAUCCAUCAUAUCGUUUAUCACCCGAAUUUUCAAAUUUUUUGAAUAAUGCACCUUAUUACUCAACAUACGUUGGCUUUGAUAAGAACAGAUGGACAUUUGACACUGCAACCGACGCAAUAUCAUUACUCACCGGUGAUCAUGAUGACUUCUAUAAUAUACAUAACCGGAAGAAUAGUGUGCGCAGAAAGCAAGGAGUGACUGCUGUUGAUCCACAAGUGGAACAAACGCAAAAACUUGUACUUCGACUUCCAAAUAAUCAACUACCGUUCAAGGUUCAAACAGAUGCCUCUGACCAAGGCAUAGGAUGUGUUUUGUUACAACCAUAUCCAGAUGGAGAACGAUCAGUGAGUUAUUUAUCAAAAAAAUUAACGGCUGCACAAAAACGUUGGACACCGACUGAGCAAGAAUGUUAUGCAUUGCUAUGUGCUCUUGAUAAAUGGCACAUCUAUCUCAGUGGUAACAAAUUUACUUGGGACACCGAUCAUGAAGCCUUAAUCCAUCUUAAAAAUAAAGCUCAAGUGAACAAGAGAUGUGAACGCUGGCGUCUCAAGAUCGCCGAAUAUCAAAUCAAAAUUCAUCACAUCAAAGGCGUAAAUAAUCGAAUGCCAGACUACCUCAGCCGAUCACCAGUCGAUGAACCAGAAGAGGAUCCCGACGAUCUAAUCAAUCAGUCAACUAAAUCAACACAAACCGACGAACCUUCUU